GGUAACUUAAAAAAUAACUCUAUAAUUAAAGCUUUUAAAAUAAUUUUGUUUUAAUUGUUUUUUUUAAUUCUAGUUGCAUUCUUUCUAUUUUUAUAUUCUUGUUUGGUGCUACAGUUCCAGUGAUGCUUAUUUCUUCUAUUUUUUCUCCUCAUAGAGCUCCUAAAAAGCUAACAACUUUAUUACAUAGCGAAACAGUAAAUUCAGAUUAUACAUUAUGAAAAAAGACGAACAAAUUUAAGUAGUAUAAUUACAAGAUAUUUAACAGCUAGCCAUUCCUACAUUAAUUCAUGCAAACAAACAAACAAAAAAAUAAAAAUAUACACAUAAAUACUAACUAAUUUACUCACUAAUUAACUAAUUUAACUUUUAAGCAAAUUAAUAGCAUAAAUCAUAACAAAAAUUUAUUUAAAUUCUCAAAAAUAUAAUAAGCUAUCCAAAUUUAUAUUUAACUAUUAACUAUAUAUUUUACUUCUUUUUUUCGUAUUCUCCUAAAAUAAACCUUGAGUGUUUCAAUUAUUUAUGUUACUUUCUUACAUUUAUAAAACAAAAAUGA